CUUGCGGCUUUAAGGCCGGCAGGAGCCGAGCCGGGCGGUGAUUGGUGGUUUAUUCUAAGGCUCAACUAUGAGCUCAUCCGCAGCCAAUGGCCGUGCUGCACCGGCUGGCCCCGCACGCUGGAUGCCGGAAAGCAGCUGCCCGCGGCGCGCUCUGGCGUGAAGGGCCGGUACGUGAGGGGGAGGCCUGGCCCGCGGACCAGGCUACCAGCUCGGGCAGGUCUUACAGCCCAGCUUUGUGCUCAGCUCUCUGCUGGCUCCAGGAGGGGUCCUCACUCGCUGACCACACUGACCUCAGGACCAAGGGAACAAAACACAGCAGGGGCAAUCCAUCCGGUCCACGGAGAAGUGCUAAACCCCAAAGGGUAAAUGAGAUUCCCACAGGAGGAGCAGGGAGGGGACAACAGGCAGGGUGGAGGGAACAGCAUGAGGAACAGCAUUUGAGCCCAGCGUGUGUGGCCUCCAUGUGCUGAAUGCGUACUGGAUACCAAGCCUGCUCCAUGGAGGCCCUGUGAAGGUGGCUGUGGAUCACAGAUAUCCUCAGCUGUCUCCAGAGCUCAACACAGUACCAGAUGCUCCAGAAAUGUUUGCUGAACUGAACUUGAUUGGAAAGGAAAACAGAGCCCUAGGCCUGCGCAGUGGCUCACGCCUGUAAUCCCAGCACUGUGGGAAGCCAAGGCAGGCGGAUCACUUGAGGUCAGGAGUUCAAGACCAGCCUGGCCAACAUGGUCCCAGCUGCAGGGCAGCCAUGAGCCUGGUGGCCUGUGAGUGCCUGCCCAGCCCUGGCCUGGAGCCUGAGCCUUGCUCACGAGCAGGGUCCCAGGCUCACGUGUACCUGGAACAGAUUCGUAACAGGGUGGCUCUAGGAGUGCCUGACAUGACAAAAGGUGACUAUCUGGUGGAUGCGGCCACGCAGAUCCGGCUGGCCCUGGAGCGUGAUGUUAGUGAGGACUAUGAGGCGGCCUUCAACCACUAUCAGAAUGGCGUGGACGUGCUGCUCCGCGGCAUACACGUUGACCCCAACAAGGAGCAACGUGAGGCUGUGAAGCUGAAAAUUACCAAAUACCUGCGGCGGGCAGAGGAGAUCUUCAACUGCCACCUGCAGCAGCCGCUGAGCAGUGGAGCCAGCCCCAGCACGGGUUUCAGCAGCCUGAGGCUCCGGCCCAUUCGCACGCUGAACUCUGCCGUGGAGCAGCUGAGGGGCUGCAGGGUGGUCGGGGUCAUCGAGAAGGUGCAGCUGGUCCAGGACCCGGCAACCGGAGGGACCUUCGUGGUGAAGAGCCUACCCAGGUGCCACAUGGUGAGCAGGGAGCGGCUGACCAUCAUCCCACAUGGAGUCCCCUACAUGACGAAGCUGCUCAGGUACUUCGUGAGCGAGGACUCCAUCUUCCUGCACCUAGAGCAUGUGCAAGGAGGCACUCUCUGGUCCCACCUGCUCUCCCAGGCGCACCCCCGACAUUCUGGGCUCAGCUCUGGCUCUACCCAGGAGAGGAUGAAGGCUCAGCUCAACCCCCACCUCAACCUCCUGACCCCAGCGAGGCUCCCCUCAGGCCAUACCCCUGGCCAGGACAGAAUCGCCCUGGAGCCUCCUAGGACUUCUCCAAGCCUUCCCCUAGCUGGGGAGGCCCCAUCCACCAGACCCCAGAGGGAGGCUGAAGGUGAACCCACAGCCAGGACCAGCACCUCUGGCUCCUCGGACCUUCCAAAGGCCCCAGGUGGCCACCUGCACCUUCAAGCUAGGCGGGCUGGCCAGAACUCAGAUGCUGGGCCCCCUCGGGGGCUCACUUGGGUUCCUGAGGCGGCCGGCCCGGUGCUAGGGGGCUGUGGCCGAGGCAUGGAUCAGAGCUGCCUGUCAGCAGAUGAGGCCGGCCGGGGCUGUGGCAGGGCCACCUGGAGUGUGAGAGAGGAGCAGGUGAAGCAGUGGGCGGCAGAGAUGCUGGUAGCGCUGGAGGCACUGCACGAGCAGGGGGUGCUGUGCCGGGACCUCCACCCCGGGAACCUGCUCCUGGACCAGGCAGGUCACAUCCGGCUCACAUAUUUUGGCCAGUGGUCAGAAGUGGAGCCCCAGUGCUGCGGGGAGGCCGUGGACAAUCUCUACAGCGCCCCAGAGGUGGGUGGGAUUUCCGAGCUGACGGAAGCCUGUGACUGGUGGAGCUUUGGGUCUCUACUGUAUGAACUGCUGACGGGAAUGGCACUGUCCCAGAGCCACCCUUCAGGAAUCCAGGCCCACACCCAGCUCCAGCUGCCCGAGUGGCUCAGUCGCCCAGCGGCCUCUCUGCUAACUGAGCUGCUGCAGUUCGAGCCUACCCGGCGCCUGGGCAUGGGAGAAGGUGGUGUCAGCAAACUCAAGUCCCAUCCCUUUUUCAGUACCAUCCAGUGGAGCAAACUGGUGGGACCUUCACAGAGGGAUGGUCUCACUGCAAGAGAGCUCAGCAGACAGGGACUCUGGAAAGACAAGGCUGUGUUUAAGCCUGGAAUCCAUCACACCUGCCACCUGCAGUCUAGGUCUUUAGAUAAUAACUCUUUCAACCAAUUGCCAAUCAGAAAAUCUUUGAUUCUGCCGAUGACAACACGCCCAGGCCUUGAGCUGUCCUGCCUCUCCAGACCAAACCACUGUACAUCUUACAUGUACUGACUGGUGUCUCAUGUCUCCCUAAAAUGUAUUAAGUGUAUAAAACUAAGCUGUAGCCAGACCACCCUGGACACAUGUUCUCAGGAUCUCCUGAAAGUUGUGUCACAGGCCAUCAGUCACAUUUGGCUCAGAAUAAAUCUCUUCAAAUAUUUUACAGAGGUUGACUCUUUGGCAACACUUUCCUGGCUGGCAGUCAGGGUUCUACCUUCUGUCGAAUUAGGACAGUGUUAACUUCCACAUAAGGGAUUUCUGAUUUCACAAGAUAAGCAACAGGACCUUGAGUGGCUUUCAGUAAUUUCAGUGCAACAGUGCUGGGGACUUGUACCACCUCAGCAGCCAAAAGGAACACAGAUACAGGAACCCUGUUUGAGAACAUCUGCCCUUUAAUUUGCAUUUAAAAUCAGUUUCUUUAAAUACUUUACAAGUUCUGAAUAGUGAAGACAGAGUAGUAGAUGCUGCAGGCACUCAGUAUUGGCUCCCACCCCUUCCCCCCUCCCCCACCCCCAGGCCUCACUUCUUGGCUCAAGAUACAAAAGGGCACUCUCUACUGGCCCUGGUGUCAAAUGUCAGCAGCCUCAGGCCUGGAUGCAGUUGGAUACAAAGCCAUUAAUCCCAGUGGCUCCAAGGAAUUCCAAUGAUCGUGCCCAGAUCCACGGGCAACACACCUUAGAAAUUACCUCAUCCAUUUCACCACUAUGUACUAACACCCUCAGGGUGGUUUCCUACCCCAGUCCACGUCCUCCAGAUCUGCGUCCUGCAGAGGAAGAGACAAGGGCCCGCUAUAACGCAGGAAGGAACAAAAACUGCCUCCUCAGCCCAGGUGCUUACAGCAACUUAAUUGAAAAGCUCAAGGCAAUCUGAGUCAGUCUAGAGGAGACCUCCCUUCCCUAGUCUCUACCAGGCUCUGGUCCUUCCUCGGGACCACGCUCGGUCCCACUGCCAUUAUGUGCUAGAAUCUGCUCUAAGAACAAGGUGCUAGAAUGAGGCCCAGCAACCAGCAAAGAGUUUGGAAAGGGUUGCUACAGCCCCAGCUGUGUGAGAUUGUGCCAAGACGAGUCUUCUUGGUGUCAGCCUAUGAUGGAGAGCGUGAGGGCAGGCCUGGGCUCUCCUUCUGUGAUGACUACAACGCGUGACCUCAGGGGACCUCUGCCCUCUCCUCCCACUCACACGCCCAGAUCCCCUGGCCUGUGCUUCCUGGAAGAGGUAGAAGAGGCAUCUUGAAGUCAAUGACAACGGAGAAUGAAGGUGCCACUGAAGAAGCAAAGCAGCACCUCUUUGCCUGUGUUCAAUCACUCCACACAAGUGGAAUCAAGGGAGAAUGUGCACAGCCAGGACAGAGGCUGCUCUGAGCUUGGAAGGCACAGCAUCCUCCUAGAAGUCUCUGCAGAACAAA